AUGGCGGCCAUUCCUCCUGGGUCUGAAAUGUAUUCGGUUAAUGUCACCCUGGUAGCCUUAGGCAGGGUGGCCGACGGCGUCGGAGGCUGGCGAGACUACGGCGUCGACCCGUCUCAGUUCUCAGGGACUCUGAUGCGCACUUGUGAACGUUUGGUAAAGGAAGGACGGUUCGUGCCCAGCCACCCUGUGGGGAUCCUCACCACAAGCUACUGUGAGCUGCUGCAGCACAAAGCCCCCCUGCUCGGGAGCAGCACGGCCUGCAUCGUCGUCCUGGAUCGGAGCACUCGGCGCCUGCACACCGCCAACCUGGGCGACUCGGGCUUCCUGGUGGUCCGGGGGGGCCGCGUGGUGCACCGCUCUGACGAGCAGCAGCACUACUUCAAUACUCCGUUCCAGCUCUCGAUAGCACCGCCCGAAGCCGAGGGGGUCGUCUUCAGCGACAGCCCGGACGCUGCCGACAGCACCACCUUCGAUGUUCAGCUGGGGGACAUCAUCCUGACGGCCACAGACGGACUCUUCGACAACAUGCCGGACUACAUGAUCCUCCAGGAGCUGAAAAAGCUAAAGAACUCAAAUUACGAAAGCAUCCAGCAGACGGCAAGCAGUAUUGCUGAACAAGCCCACGAGCUGGCCUACGAUCCAAAUUACAUGUCUCCCUUUGCACAGUUCGCGUGCGACAAUGGACUGAAUGUAAGAGGUGGGAAACCCGAUGACAUCACCGUUCUUCUCUCUAUAGUAGCUGAAUACACAGACUGACCGGCUGUAAUGCUCAGCUUUUAAAGACUGGUGUGUCUCCCACUGUACUCAGCUUCACACGGACUAUUUUC